AUGGAGUUAAGUAGUUGCUACAUGUUAUUUGGAUUAAUAAUUUCGCUGUUGCAAGUAACGAGAAGUGAAAAUUGCAAUAAUGAGUACUGUGUUGAAAAUGAAGGUUCACAGGGAAAUGAAACACGUUCCCGGGUACUUUCUAGGACUAAAAGGUUCAUUGUGUUCCCAGACGGGAGCUCAUUUCAAUUAGUGUUUUGUGUACAAACAACGGCGCUGAUACCUAUUGGAGAUAUUUUUCUAUACGGCAACACAGCAGCACUUGCUUGGAAUCUACCAACGGAUCCACAAUUUUUACAUAUGUUUAAAGAACAUGAAAAAGAAUUGCGAAGACGAGGUGAUUCAAAUAAAAAUAUAUACUACUUAGAUGACCGCGGCAAGGUUUUAGCUAAAGUACCUUUUAGAAAGCCGUUUAUUGUCAACCCGGCGUUUGCAAAAAGAAGCAUUGAUGACAAAGUAACGUUCAGAGAAAAAUUGAAAAUCAAAAUAGACAGAAUGAAAAUGCACGAGAAACAGUCGAGAAGGGAGUUUUUGAAUAAAGAGCAUUUGGAUAAAAGCAGCGUAGAUUUCCACAGAAAGAGCCGAGUGGAAUUAUAUGAAAAAAUUGAAAAAUUGGUGACAUCGUUAGGCCAAGACGGGCGACGAUGCGUUCUUUACAAACUAUGUGAAUCAGCGCAGUCCUCGCAACAAGGCACAUUCUUGCAAGAGCUCUUCAGAGCCAUCUUUACAUUACCCAAAGGUCCUUUGUUCGAGUCCAAGGUACACAAAGAAUACGACAGUGCCCAUACAAUAACAGACAACUGCAUGUCACUGUAUCCGGGUUGUGAUGAUUUCUCAAUUCCGUUAAAAUUGUAA